ACAAACUACAAAAUACAAUUUAAUUAAUGAUAAACAAAAUAUGAAGCAAGAUCAAUUUAUAGAAUAUAAAGAAGUUUUAAAACAUGAUCAAGUUACAGAAGAUAAUUUGAUUCAUGAUCAAACUUCUGAAAUUACACAAUUAGAUAUUUAG